CCGGCUCCAGCCCGCUACCCGCUGGGGUAGCGAGCCCAGCCGAGAGCCAACUCCCCAGCCCCUGCCUAAGAUUUAAAGCGAGUAAGUUUUGUUCCAGAGACCAAUGACUUUAGUUCCCAUGCCGGAGGAGUGCCGACCUGCGAUUUGGGAGUUUAAGGAGUUGGUCUUGGUUGCACUUAACUUUCACAAAAAGGACUACACAGAAUAGCUGCAUAAGGCCAAUCCUUGAACUUAAUGAAGGAUGUCAGAGUGGGAGCAUUCUGAUGUGCCGGCGUCAUUCUGCGGUGUGUUCCGUUCUUUUGCGGUCUCCGAAAAAAAUGGUAUUAAAAGAAAAUAUUUUAUGAAAUAAGGAGCUCCUUUUACAUUUUUAAUGACCAACAUGGACAUCUGUUCUACAGAAUACACAGUCCUAUGGUUUUGAAGAAGCAAGCACUCAUUUAAAACUGACCCUAAAUAAAAACAGACCUGGAUGGAUGUCAGAAUGUUUGUUAGUGGCAGGAGAGUAAAAAAAUGGCAGUUUAUUCAGUUAUUUGCCACUUGUUUUGUACUAAGCCUGAUGUUCUUCUGGAUACCAAUUGAUAAUCACAUCGUGAGCCAUAUGAAGUCCUACUCUUACAGAUACCUCAUAAAUAGCUACAAUUUUGUGAAUGACAGCCUAUCUCUUAAGCGCAGCGAGGAGGGGGUUCCUCGUUACCAGUACUUGAUUAACCAUGAGGAUAAGUGUCAAGCGCAAGAUGUCCUGCUCUUACUGUUUGUAAAGACUGCUCCUGAAAAUUACAAUCGCCGUUCUGCUAUUAGGAAUACAUGGGGCAAUGAGAAGUAUGUUUGCUCUCAACUUAAUGCCAACAUCAAAACUCUGUUUGUCUUAGGAACACCUUCUGACCCACUGACAAGAGAAAGACUUCAGAGAAGACUGGUUUGGGAAGAUCAGAUGUACAAUGAUAUAAUUCAGCAAGACUUUGCUGAUUCUUUCUAUAAUCUUACUCUUAAAUUUCUUCUCCAGUUUAGUUGGGCAAAUCGCUUUUGUCCACAUGCCAAAUUCCUCAUGACUGCUGAUGAUGACAUAUUUAUUCAUAUGCCAAAUCUUAUUGAAUACCUUCAAAGUUUAGAACAAAUUGGUGUUCAAGACUUUUGGAUUGGUCGUGUUCACCGUGGUGCCCCUCCCAUUAGAGACAAACGCAGCAAAUACUAUGUUUCUUAUGAAAUGUACCAGUGGCCGGCUUACCCUGACUAUACCGCUGGAGCCGCCUACGUGAUCUCUGGUGAUGUGGCUGCCAAAGUCUAUGAGGCAUCACAGACACUUAACUCUAGCCUCUACAUAGACGAUGUGUUCAUGGGCCUCUGUGCCAAUAAAAUAGGGAUAGUACCACAAUACCAUGUGUUUUUUUCCGGGGAAGGUAAAACUCCUUAUCAUCCUUGCAUCUAUGAAAAAAUGAUGACAUCUCAUGGGCAUGUAGAAGACCUUCAGGACCUCUGGAGGGAUGCCACAGACCCAAAAGUAAAAACAAUUUCAAAAGGUUUCUUUGGUCAGAUGUACUGCAGAAUAAUUAAGAUAGUCCUCCUUUGCAAACUGACCUAUGUGGAUACAUAUCCCUGUAGGGCUGCCUUUGCCUAAUAGUACUUGAAUGUUGUAUGUUAUCACUGUCACUGAGCCAAACCUGGAUAAAAAAAACUUUUAAAUGUUUAUCUAUACCGUAAGUGAAAUGAAUAUGAAGAACAAAGGAAUAUUUUGAAAGCGCAGUCUAUCAGAAUGUUUCUUUGAUUCUAGAAGCCCUUCAAUAUAACUUACCUACUUCAUUGCCUAAAUUCAUUUCAAGGAAUUUAGAUUUAGACAAGGUUCAUAUGAAAACAAAACUAAAGGGAAUUUCAAGUUCUCAGUACCAUGAGUAUAUCAGAGGAGUAGAAAAGUUAAGGUGCCUAGGUGUUAGGAUAACUGCUUUUGGAAAAUACCAAGUAAAUGUAUAGCACAACAUUUCAAAGAAAUGGAUAUGUUGUUGGACCAGGUACUUAUUAAAGAGCACUUGAUGGAGUUGGUAGGGGCAAGGGAGGACUGGCAUGGAAGAAAGUACAUGAACCUGGUCAAAGAAAGUUUCCUCUUCUUCAGAGGAGACUUAGGAGAAGAUACGCAAUUUCUUUAUAAUCCACCAAAUCAUUUACUGUCACAUUCAUGUAGCUGUUUUACCCGGACAGUAUUGGAGUCCUUUUAAAUAUAUUUAUAUAUUUUUUCAAAGUUUAAUGUGAAAUUUGAGAAGUCAUUAGCUCUGCCCUAACUAGUACUUUAUUAUGUUUUUUUUAUUAUUAUUAGACAAUGACACAAAACAUGGACAGCGUCUUACUCAGAGGGUCCUUUGCUAGAGAUAAAUCAUUGUAAAUUCAAAUAAGUUGAUUUUAUCAAUAAUUUAGUGAAAUUUCAACUUGUUUUAAAAUAUUCGGUAUCAGUCUGUUUUUAAGGCAGCUAUUUGAAUGUAGUUUACAUAAAGGAAUAUAAUAAUGGAGAAGAAUUCAAAAAGAUAGAACAUUAUGAGACUCUUUUCUCCAUAAUUUAUAAAAGUUUUAAUGUCUAAAUUGUAUUAAUUACUAAAAUCAGCCCACCCGUCUCCAACAGGGUCUCAUAAACCAGUUGGUUUUGAGUUUAGCUUUUAAAACUGAGAGUAUUAAACAUCAAAAGUGUAGUAGCUAAAAAAAUCUAUUCUUUCAUCAAAAUGACUAUCAGAGGUGAUAUUCAGCUUCUAAAUAUUUCAGAAUGAAAGUGAUAGGAAAGUUACCUGAAUGAAGUUUAAAACAUUUGUAAAGCUGUAUGUUCCUUGUAAUAAAAGAGAUGUGGCUGAGAUCCAAUAGUGGGAGUUAGAUUUAUUUUACAUGGCAGGAUGAAAAUGUGGCUAUGAUACAACCUCCCCUCACUACAGAAAGAACUAUUUGAGGUCUGUUGUUAGGGGGAUUAUAUGAAAGGCAAAAUAGUGACUUCAGCAAAAGCAGUGAAACUGAUUAUAAACCCUUUGUCUGCGGAGGUGCGUGUUAGGGAAAACUAAGAUGUAUCACUUGAAAUGAUGACAUCUGAAACACAAAAAAAAACUAAAAAAGAAUUCUCAGUAUACAUAACUGGAUGAUGAUGAUAUAUAUACAAAUAUAUAUAUAAUUUGUUGCAGGUAGCUUUUCAUUGUUUACAGAAACUUUUUGUUAAUUUUUUCUAAUUUGAAAAUCGAAGCUUGUUUACAUUGAUUGUUCAGAUAAUUUAGCAUUUUUGACUCAUGUCAAAACUACGGUGUCAAACAUUCUAGUUUGUAGUUACUUUCAGAGUAGGUUCAGGGUUUUUAGAUCAUUACAAUUUAAAUUUUCUGACCAAUUUUAAAAACUGUAGAGAACAAAAGCGCAUUUUGACAAAGCAGGUUUGUAAUUAAUUUUUAUUAGUCAAUCCUUUAAUACCAUUUGCCCUUUGGUCAUAUAUAUGCCCUGUGUAUCUAUACUUGUAACUGUUUAAAUUUGCUAUUGGUUGAGAACAUCAGUGUCUCUGCCCAUCAAAAUGAUCUUGUUUACAUCAGUACUUUUGUGAAAGUUAUUUAUUUGUGAAAGAGCUUCCUUCAAUUGUGUUCAUCUUUUAUUUUUCCUUAACAUAGAAUGAAACAUUUAAAUUUAGAGGAGAUAUGAAGGCACUUCCUUUUUUUAAUAAGGAAAUUGCUAGAUACUUCCUUCAUCAGACUUAAAGUACUGAGAAGAAUAAUUGUAAAUAAAGGAUUCCAACCUUUUAAAAAGGAAGGAAAAAAACUUUUUGGUGCUCCAGUGCAAGGCUAUCUUUUAAAAGUCAUCAAUAAAGGGAAAAUAAACUUUCAGCCUGGAUGGUCAAUUGAUGGUUAUAUACAGUAUUAUUGCUAAAAACUUUUUACCUCCUGGUUUACUUGCAUCUAUUUUCCUUAUUAUUAAUUUUAUACCAAAAUGUUAUUUAUAUUAUUUGAAUUUUGCUCUUAUAUGGCAAAAUAAUUAGAGGGUUUUUAAAAAUAAAUCUGUGAUUUCCAAUAAACAACUUGAAAAUUG